GCGUGAAGGUCACCCUCUCGGCCCUGAUCGAUGGGAAGAACGUGAACGGCGGCGGGCACAAGGUGGGCAUGGGCUUCGAGCUGGAGGCGUAAGAGAUCCGUCGGGACUGACGGGACGAGAGGAAGCGAUACGGAAGAUGAAGCAGCUCAAAUGUGAAGACACUUCAACGGUCCACUCAGCAACACGUCAAACACACACACGGUCUAGUCCAGCUAUCUUUAUGCCCAUCACAGACUCACUAAUGGUAUUUUCCCCCCUUAGGUCCCCCAUAAGUACCAGUUGGUCCCCAUAAGUAGGGGUGUAAGCUAAAAGUCACCCCCACAUAGUAGGGAUUACCCUAUAAUACCCACCCACACACUCUUUGGCCUUAAACCUGAAACUCCAUCAGAGACCUACAGUACUGUAAUAUUCACCUGAAACAAGACUUAGUUUUAUAAUUUACACUUUGUACAGUUCUCACAGCAAACCCGUAUUCAUGUUUUACAGAAAAAAAAUAAAGUCUCUAAUAUUGUGCUACUUUUAAACAGAAAAAGAGCACUUUUGUUGAAGCAUGUGUGUUUCAGACAUUUCUGUGUUUAUCCAGAAAUCCUGAGAAGCACUGUUUGGUUUUGGUUGUCAGGUCAGUAAAGUUAAGCUCUGGAUUUAUUUUAGAUCCUGGUAGGAUUAUUACAGGAUGCUUGUUCAGGAAUGUCAUUUCGAUGCAUGCUUUUAAGGCUGAAGAGUUGAUAUUUUCUGUGCUCGCUGUCAUUAUGAGGCAGCGACAAGGAUGCAAUAAAGGCUGGAUGGUUUUAAAAAAUAAAACCUGCAUCAGUCUGAGUGGACCGACUGAUUCCACUGUUUCACCUCAGCAUCAAACUGUAAAGGAAAUCUGCUGCCUAAAUGUUUAAUUUUCAGGGUCUGUUUGGUCACAAGCGAAGGAGCAGAUUAUAUUAUUAUAAUUAGGACGUCACAUCUCAUGUUUUGUGCCCUGAAUCUGUUCAGCCUUUGUCACUACAUUUAACACCUAUGCUGUGCGUGUAUAGCAAAUGUAGUCAACAGCUAGGACCUGAAAAUAAUUUUGAUUAAAGAAUGUUAAACACAA